AUGAUCAACUUGCUAAAUAUCUAUAACCAGGUGUUCCUCCUUCUCGUGACGGAGAUGGCAUUGUUCAUGCUCCUCGUCUUGCCGAUGCCCUUCUCGGUCCGCCGCAAGAUUUUCACCUUCAUUUCCGAGAAUCCAAUUAUAGCCAAGUUACAACAUGGCUUAAAGAUAACGUUCAUAUUCAUCCUGAUCCUGUUCAUCGACAGUGUCAACCGCGUCUACCGCGUUCAGGUUGAGCUUGCCCAAGCUACCAACAGCGAAAAGGGCAGUGCCGCUGUCAUGGGCCACGAACGUCUCGAAGUCCAGGCUCGCAAGUUCUACUCUCAGCGCAACAUGUACCUCUGUGGUUUCACCCUGUUCCUGUCCCUGAUCCUCAACCGCACCUACACCAUGAUUCUCGAGGUCCUCCGUCUCGAGGAGAAGCUCAAGCAGUACGAGGGUACCGACAAGAACACCAAGGAGAGCGCCAAGCUUGCCGCUGCCGGUGAUGCUGGCGAGAUCUCCCGUCUCAAGAAGGAGAUCAAGCUCAAGGACCAGGACAUUGACACGCUCAAGAAGCAGGCCGAGGGUCUUCAGAGAGAGUAUCACGAUCUUACUGAGAAGUACGGUGCUACUCAGCCCCCUGCUGGCACCCGUAAGGACAAAUAG